GUGCAAAUUUCAUUUUGAAAGCUUCUCAAUUUAUUUUUGCAUACCCUAGGCGGCUAGGCCAGCCGGGUAAACCUGUUUUUUUCGCCCUUCUUGGAAUCGUUCUUCAAAAAGGUGAAAUCGCUCACCUCAGGCACCCCUCACCCCGACCCGACGGAAAUGUGAGAAAAGGCGUCAUCCUCGCUCGGCCGCAAAAAAAAAAUUGCCGCCAUAUCUGGAGUGUGUUCAUAUUUUAAUCACCAUCAGCUUAUAACUAGCCUGGAAAUGCUCAUUAACCAAACUGCGCGCAAAAACUGUUCUUGUCCCUUUAAGCACCGGAGUACAAACCUGGGAUUUUUUAAAAUCGCCUGAGCACUUUUAUCGGCGCCCCCUCUCGUGCCGGUUCACUCUCAUCGGUGCCAUCUUUCGCUGGAUCUCUCUCUUUCUCUCUCGCCAGUUGUCUUCUUGGUUUUGUCGGCAGCGUAGGUCGACUGUGGGCGACGGCGGUCAGCGACUCUAGCCCCAGGUAAGUCCUCUCUCCCCCUUUCACCAAACCUAGCCUUACCCCCAACCCCCCCUCCAACCCUAGUCGCCGGUUACCCUCCGCCCCCACUAACAAACCUCCAACAGCCGCCUCUUUCUCCCCUUCCGACCGCCGAUUCCACCCCUUCCCUUGCUCACAGCCAUUGUCAACAUCACAUCCCUAGACGGCACCCCUCCCUCCCAGUCCCCUUCCCUUUAGCUGCAUUCCCCACCAUCAAUUCUGCCAACUUAACCCCCCCUACCCCACUCUCUGCCCUUUUUCCCCUUGAUCUCCCUUUCCUUUUUUUUCUCUUUACUGCUAUAUUGGCUAUUCUUGUGUGUUUUUAUUGCCAUUGUUGCUUUCACUGUUGAUUAUUUGUUUUGCUACCUUACUCUAUCUCUUGUUUUGUGUUGUUUGUUUUUGCCGACCUAUUUUCUGCUUGUAGAUCUUUCUGUUCGUGUUUAGUCUCCUGGUUAGCAAUGCAAAGCUAAGGUGAUAUAAUGAGGUUGGGGCGGGAGGCAAAGUGUGUGGGUUUGGCUCAAGGAAUAUAGGGACUUUCACUGUAAGUCGAUUGAGCUGAUCCAAAUUCUUAAGCGGAGAAGGUUUCAAGUAGCGUGUGCGCAGUAGGCUAGGUGGGUGGGCACCAAGGUAUGUGAGGUGGAUGUGUUCAAGUUGUGGUAUUUAGGCUUUGCUAGGUGCAAGAAUGAAGUAGGUAUUUUGUGGCACCAGAGCUUUGGGAGUUUGUGGUGGAGGUGAAGAGGAUUAGUGACUAAUUGAUGGCUAUCAAGUUUGUCUUGGAUGGGUGUGCUAUCAAUAUUGUGUGUGCCUAUGCCCCACAUACUGGCUAUGAAGAUGAAGUUAAGAGGAAGUUUUGGGAGUCGCUGGAUGGGGUGGUUGGUGCUUUUCCACAGACCGAGAAAGUCUUUAUUGGAGGCGACCUCAAUGGUCAUAUUGGGGACUCAGCGUAGGGCUAUAUGGAGGUGCAAGGUGGGUUUAGCUUUGGCAAUAGGAACCAGUCAGGGGAUUCACUCUUGGAGUUUGUUGGAGUGAGUGAUUUGGUGGUUGUUAACUCUUGCUUUCCUAAACGAGAGGAUCACUUAACUACCUUUCUUAGUAGAGUGAGGAGGACGCAGAUCGACUACCUUCUCUUGCACAUGUGUGAUUGGAAUCAUCGGAUUCUCUUUAAGGAUGGUAAAGUACUCCCAAAUGAGAACCAUACCACCCAACACAAGUUGCUCGUUAUGGAAGUCACGAUCAAGUGGGUGAAGCAAAGACAUCCAACUUGUGGUUUAGCACGUAUUCGGUGGGGGAGCUUUUAUGGGGAGAAAAUCCUAGAGUUGAUUGCACGAGUACAAGAGAAAGGUGUUUGGGAGUCUUCCGUGAAGGCCACUGACCAGGCUCAUAUUGUUAUUUGCAUCAGGGAAGCUGCUAAAGAGGUGUUGGGUGUGAGUUGUGGGGCUGCGAGUCGACAUAAAGGUGAUUGGUUGCAAAAGUAACAUGAACAUGGGUCUGGUGGAGAUGCGUAUGAUUAGAGUGAGCGCUGGGGUGCUUGGGUUGGGAAGGGCAAGUUAGGGGGAGGACAAUAGCUAAUCACUCUCUGACUCUCACAGAUUUUCUAUAUUCGUCUGCAUGUAAAUGCUAACUUGCAUUAUAUGUAGCAAUUAAAUACAUAACAAUAGGAGUUAUUUAUGAACAACUAAUUUAACAAACAUGGGAUCUGUUUUGUUGUGGGUUUGUUUACGAUUCAAAACUUAAAGGAUAUUCUUUAUGUUCUGUUCCUCUUCCUUGGUUCAGUCCUUGAAAUAUAUGGAAAACUUGCUCCAAGUAUUAUUCGAAAACCGUUUUUCAUUUUUAAAGUGUCAUUUAUCUUCCAAGAUUCAAGGGCACAAAUACAUACUCCGUAGCAUUUAGUAAUCUGGUUGCUUUUUUUGAAUUCAACAAUUAAACUUUGGGUUCCAUUAUACUGGUAAUACCUAACACAGACAGAAAUCAUUUUUUGAGGGGGUGGGUUACACUUAAAGAGCUCCACGCUUGUGUGUCAUGCAUAAACCACAAGUAUGAUC